CAGUUUUUUUACGAAUUUUAGCGGGGUGUCAGUGACUACUGUGAUCCGCAUGAGGCGCUGGCAGGUGACGCUGGCGAUUUUCAAGCCAGAUUGUAUCAGUGUUCCAUUUGUAAGAAAGGGAGUCAGAGAGUUGAUCGUGAGAGAGGAGUUUCUAAUUCUUCGGUGGAAGCGGUUACUCCUGAAUCAAAAGGAAGCAUCUGCGUUUUACGGCGAGCAUGUCGAUAAAUUUUUCUUUUCACGACUAGUUACCUUCAUGUGCAGGUAUGUCUAUCCCACAUUCAUUUUCACAUAUCUGCCAGACGCACGAUUAUUCGAGGAAUUAGUCAAAUUUUGGUUUUAAUCGAUCUUCAUCAUUGCCUCGAUUUUCUUGUCAUUUGUAAGUUCCUUCUACAUCUCGUUCUUUUUCUCUGACAGUGGUCCAAUUGAAAUCUACCUGCUUGCUCGCGAAAACGCAAUUUCGAAAUGGAGAACGCUACUUGGUGGCUCGAAAGUAUUCAAAGUUGUUCAUACGGAACCUGACUCGGUUAGAGGAUCGUAUGGACUGACGGAUACCAGAAAUGUCGUUCAUGGAUCAGAUAGCGAAGUAACCGCUAGGAAGGAAAUCGAGUUUUUCUUUCCGGAAUUCGAUUGGGAUCAAUGGGAAACGCUCGUCAGAUCGGAAAGUGUCGACAAGCUUCGAUUCUCCAAAGAUCGAUUUUUACACGAGCGUAUCCAGUUGUUUGUUCGCAACUUGCUCGCAGCUGGAAAACAGCCCGCGUGGAGCAAAAUUAGUUCGCAGUGGAUGUUUGCGCGAUCGAUUUUCGUGAGAACCCAAGAGACUCCGAAUCCGAACAGUUUGAAAUUCAUACCCGGUGUGAAAGUGUUAGACAGUGGAACGAGAGAUUUCAAAUCAUGGAAGGAGGCGAAUGUUUCCCCGUUAGCCAAGUCUCUGUUCAGAGUACAAGGCGUCAAGUCGGUUUUCUUCGGCGGGGAUUUCAUCACAGUUACCAAGAGUGAUGAUGACACUGAUUGGAGCGUUUUGAAACCCGAAAUCUUUGCCACGAUCAUGGAUUUCUUAAGCAGUGGAAGUCCGAUUAUGUUGGAUGAUGCCGACCUCCCGGUUGAUGAGGGUUCCCCGAAAGACGAUGACGAUGAAGUUGUUUCGAUGAUCAAGGAACUGUUGGAUACCAGAAUUCGCCCUACAGUUCAAGAGGACGGCGGUGACAUCGUUUAUCGAGUGGGUGCAAAGGAAGUUAUGUUUUUUCACUUGGUGAUCCCCGACGAACGAGAGGAGGUCGAGGGGAUUGGUCUGAAAAUGACCCACGACGAAAUAGUCUCCACUGCGGGAAAAGGGCUGUGGGAACAACAUGGAUUCGAGAACGGUAUCGUGAAGCUGAAAUUACAAGGAGCAUGUUCCAGUUGUCCAUCGUCCGUGAUAACUCUGAAGAAAGGUGUGAUGAACAUGUUACAAUUCUACAUACCAGAAGUCGAGGGAGUAGAAGAAGUGGAAGAUGAAGUAGACAAGUUAUCCAAGUCUGAGUUCGAGAAGUUCGAGGAGAAGCUUCACAAGGAUGAAGAGAAAUACGGCAAACAAUGACACGGUGACAGGAGAAUGCUAUGGUUGAAACUUGAUGCGCAGGUUCUGUAAAUUUUUGUUUGACUGCUUUGUUAGUGACUGGAACAUGAAAUUGAUCGUUUUCA